AUGGGCAGGGAUAGUUCCAUUGAUUCCGACGAUGAAGAUGAAAACGAAGCCAUGUCUCGGGAGAAUGUUCUUGUAGGAAGCCAUAGCGAAGACGAAGGAAUUUUUGGCUGUAUUUGCAAACGGCCUUUCUUGUUCCUCUAUAAAUUUAUCGGACGGGUGCCUUGUGACUACGAAGCCCCAGCUAUGGCCACCGACGCAUCGACGCUAGGCCACUAUCUCGGCCGCCGCCUCGUUGAAAUCGGCGUUUCCGAUAUUUUUGCCGUUCCGGGAGACUCCAUUCUUUCACUACUCGACUAUUUCGCGGCGGAGCAAGGCCUGAAUCUCGUCGGCUGCUGCAGCGAGCUGAAUGCCGGCUACGCGGCUGAUGGCUACGCCAGGCGCCGCGGCGUCGGAGCCUGCGCUGUCACCUUCACCGUCGGCGGCCUCAGCCUGAUCAACGCCGUCGCCGGAGCUUACUCCGAGGACCUUCCGGUGAUUUGUAUUGUGGGUGGGCCCAACUCCAAUUAUUAUGGGACUAAAAACAUUCUCCACCAUACCAUUGGAUCCCCCGAUUUCAGUCAAGAACUCCGCUGCUUCCGAAAUUUUACCUGUUAUCAGGCCAUUAUUGAGAGUGUGGAGGAGGCACAGUGGCAGAUAGACACAGCAAUUUGUAAAUGUUUGGAAGAGAGCAAACCAGUUUACAUCAGCAUUUGCUGCAAUUUGGUCGACAUUCCUCAUCCUUCCUUCUCAAUGCAACCACUCAUCCCACUCUCCAUCUCUCCCAAGGAAAGUAACCAGAUGGGUUUGGAGGUGGCAGUGGCCCAGGCGGCGGAGCUGCUAAAUAGCGCCGUAAAACCAGUGAUGGUCGGCGGGAGGAAGCUGAGACCCGCCGGAGCCGGGGCGGCGUUCCUCGACCUCGCCGACGCUUGUGGCUAUGCCGUCGCCGUUACGCCGUCGGCGAAAGGCCUGUUUCCGGAGACUCACCCUCACUUCAUCGGAACUUACUGGGGAGCCAUCAGCUCCGCCGUCUGCCGCGAAACGGUGGAAAUAGCCGACGCCUCGCUCUUCGCCGGCCCCAAUUUCGACGACGUCGAAACGCUCGGCUUCUCGCUUGCCUACAAGAAGAACAAGGCCAUUAUUGUAGAGCCCGAACGCGUUGUGUUCCCUAAUGGGCCGCGUUUUGGGCCCAUUUUAAUGAAGGACUUCCUUUGGGCUUUGGCCAAGCAACUGAAGCCCAACCCAACUGCUUAUGAGAAUUAUCGCCGGAUUUAUAUUCCGGAGUCGGGUCACGUCCAGUCGGAGCCGGGCGAGGCCUUGCGGGUCAACGUUCUUUUCAAACAUAUCCGAAAGAUGUUAAUGAGUGACAUGACUGUCAUAUCUGAAAGCGGUGACUCUUGGUUUCACUGUCAAAAAUUGAAAUUACCACAAUCAUGCGGGUACGAGGUGCAAUUGCUAUAUGGAUCAAUUGGAUGGUCUCUAGGUGCAACUCUUGGUUAUGCACAAGCCGCACCAGAAAAGCGAGUGGUUCUUUUUAUCGGUGAUGGGAGCUUUCAGAUGUGUCCACAAGAUGUAUCGACAAUGUUAAGAUUGGGACAAAGAAAUAUAAUAUUUUUGAUAAAUAAUGGUGGAUACACCCUUCAAGUAGAGUUUCACGAUGGUCCUUAUACUGUCAUCAAGAAUUGGGACUACACUCUUCUCGUUGAUGCUAUGAACAAUCAUGUUGGCAAAUGUUGGACUACCAAGGUUGAAACGGAAGCAGAGUUAGUGCAAGCAAUUGAAACAUCAAUGAGAGAUCAAAAUGAUUGUUUGUGCUUCAUAGAAGCUAUUGUUCAUAGAGAUGAUACAAGUAAAGAGUUACUUGAAUUUGGGAACACCCUUGAUGCUAUCAUUAGUCGUCCUCCCAAACUUUAGGGAAAAAAAAAGACUCAUCAACUAUAUCGAACCUCACAAUAUUGUGUCAAUAAAGUAACAUGAAUUAUGUCA